AUGAUCGCGCGCCUGCCGGAGGACCUCCUCUCGGCGGCGCUCGCCCUCACCACGCCGCGGGACGCCUGCCGCGCCGUCGCGGUCUCCCGCGCCUUCCGCGACGCCGCUGGAUCCGAUGCCGUGUGGGCCCGUUUCGUCCCACGGGACCUCCCGCCGAUCGCUGCCGGGGAGCUUGCGGGCCCCGCGCCGCCGUCCAAGAAGGAGUGGUUCCUUCGCCUCUCCGACCGCCGUUGCCCCCUCUUACUCGCCGAUGGCCUCAGGAUACAGCCGGUUCCCAAAAAUCCUCUGCUCGCCUAUGGCCUCAAGAGCAUGUGGUUGGACAGGGGGAGCGGCGCCAAGUGCUACAUGCUGCUAGCGAGGGGCCUGCACAUCUCGUGGGGCGACACGCCGUGCUACUGGCGCUGGACCAAUCUCCCCGACUCCAGGUUCGAAGUUGCUGUACUCCUGUCUGUUUGCUGGUUCGAAAUACGUGGCAAGAUACACAGCAAAAUGCUUUCUCGAGACACAGCUUAUGCAGUUUACAUUGUGUUCAAGAUACCCGUUGGAUCCUAUGGGCUGGAUUAUCCACCCCAUAAGGCAUCAAUUGACACGGUUGCAGGAAAGAAAAUAAUUCGCAAAGUCUGCCUCCAAAGCUAUGAAGCUAGGCAUGUGAACCGUCAGGUCACAGUGCCCUUCUUGACGCCAGAAUACAACAAGAGCUACCGGCUUGGGCAUGGUAGAAACCCGGUGCUCCCUCAGGAAAGGACUGAUGGUUGGAUGGAGUUGGAGAUGGGCGUGUUCUACAACAAGGAAGGUGAUGAUGGCGAGGUGCGCUUUAGCCUCCUGCAGACAUCACGUACUUCGAAGGAGGGUCUUAUUGUUCAGGGCAUUGAGAUUAGACCCAAGAAACUAGGCUAA